AUGAUACCUAUCCAGUCUGAUGAAGGACCCAGUGCAAUGACACAGCUGGCCAAGAGAAUGCAGGGAGCCGGAGCUAAAGGUUGGAAAAGUGUUUCGACUCUAUUCACCAAGGAUGAUGAACACCAACUUCUGGAGGCAGACAAUCAGCCGGCAGCAGAUCAUCCACUGGCAGUGAAGCCCGAAGAGCCUCCACAACCCAACAAGCGCAGCACUGGAUUCUGGGACAGCUUUGCGACUAAGUGGCAUCAAGAAGCUGCAAUGAGGCAAGCGGAGGCAACGGAGGCAGGAGGCGACGGCAGUGAGGAGGUGGGCAACGAGAGCGGGGCGAGAGCAGAAGACUGUGACAACCAGGUCGGGCAGAAGGCCGAGGCGGGCGACAGCAGCACGGGAAACAGCUUCUCCAAGUACACCACACUGGGAGGAGGGAGUGAAGACACAUCGGCCUUCAAGUGGAACUUUGUCACCAGCAAACUGGCUGAGCUGAAGACCAAAAGCAUGGCCAAGAGUAACUAGCCAACAGCGAGAGCAGGUUAUCAC